GGGAUGGCGGCGGUCGGGGCUCUGACUCCGGCGCUGCGGUGCUCAGUGGGGCGGCACCGAGCGCUGAGCGGCUCUGCGGGUCGCUGCGGAAGGCGGCCUUUCCCCGCCGACGGGGCGUCCCUGAGGCCCUGCAGCACGAGGGCGGCUCCGGACGGCGUCAGCAAAGCCGUCGUAGAUCGCAUCAUCCGCGUGGACCACGCCGGGGAGUACGGCGCCAAUCGCAUCUACGCCGGGCAGAUGGCCGUGCUGGGCAGGUCGACCGCGGGGCCGCUCAUCCAGCAAAUGUGGAAUCAAGAAAAGGAACACCUGAAGAAGUUUAAUGAGUUAAUGAUUGCAUACAGAGUCCGACCUACUGUCCUAUUGCCUUUUUGGAAUGUGGCAGGCUUUGUUUUAGGGGCUGGAAGCUCUCUACUUGGAAAGAAGGGCGCGAUGGCUUGCACAGUGGCUGUGGAAGAGAGCAUAUCAGACCACUAUAACAACCAGAUCCGAACUCUAAUGGAAGAAGAUCCAGAAAAGUACAAAGAACUGAUGGAGAUAAUAAAGCAAUGUCGGGAUGAUGAACUGGAGCACCAUGACAUUGGGCUUGAGCACGAUGCAGAGAGAGCACCAGCUUAUUCUGUUUUGAAGACGGUGAUACAGCUUGGGUGCAAAGCUGCAAUAUAUUUAUCAGAAAGAAUUUAGUGCUAUUUUCCAACGAUGCUUGCAGUAAUAAACUGUGAAACAAAAUCUUUAUUUUAUUCAGAUUUGUACAAUUUUCUUAAUUGAGCAUCUGUUUCAACCAUAUCUGAUUUUGUCACAUUGAGAACCUGUUCAAAAAAAAUCUACACUUGAGUCAUUUGGGAUGAAUGGGAACAAUGGGAGAACUGGCAGAAACUGUUCACAAGGUGGCAGUAAAAUAUGCACGUAUUUACAUACGUACUGUGGGUAUGUGUUACAUACAUAUCCACACACAUCAACGUAGGAAGUUUUCCAUUGCCUUCAAAUUUAUAUAUGCUUGGAGUAAGUUGGAGCUUAUUAGCUCAUUUUAAUAUCAUCAAUAUUGAAUAAGUAGGAUAUUUUAAAAUUGUAAUUGGGAAAGUAAAAUGAAGCGAGCACUUCUGUUUGCUCUGCCUCGAAUAAAGAUUGGUGAUUAUAAGAUUAAAA